AUCAGCUGUCAGCUGUCAAUUUGAUUAUUUGUCAAUCAAAAGCAAUCAAAAGUUUAUAAAAAAUCUUAUCAAACAAAGAUAAAUAAAUCAGUGUUUUUCCUAGUUUAUAUAAAUAUUUCGUCGUAAAUGUAUCUCAUAGUGAACAGUUGCGAUCCACGGUGUAACAUGUGCGACUACGACUCGCGAAAGUGUACAUUAGUUCUUCCGCCCUGAUUUAAAUCGAUGAUACUCCUACUUUCAAUGAAGAAAGGAAGUGAUUAUUAAAUAAUGAGUCAGCAUAAUUUCUGGAGAGGAUUAACACCGUUGAACGUGCCAUCGUCCCAGCAAGUACCUGAUAAAAUUGUUAAACUGUGUUCCUUGGGCACAGACUUCAUUGUGUUAGGAAAUGACCAUGGUCUUUAUCACUGCGAGGCUGUGGAAGAUUCUUUGAAUUUUAAGAAAAUUAGCGGCAUCUCAGCAAUAGACAUAUCGUACCAUAAUGAUAUCCUUUACAUUAUAGAUGUCCAUGGGCGACUAUAUAAGACAAAUGCUAGUUUUAAAAACAAAGAAGAAAUUAUAGUUAAGGAGGAUGCUAAGUGUUGUCCUCAUGGUUUUAAAAGUUCCAGUUAUAAAGUGAAGUUUAGAAAUGUAGUGACAAGUGAUUUUGGACAGCUGUUUAUAAGUAGUGAUGGGCAGCUGUGGGGCUCAGGCUGUAUGCCCCAACUUUCCAUAGACACUAGUAAUGUUAAGAAAAUUCCAUUUUUUGAAGGGAGGACUGUGUACAGUGCUUCAGUGGGUCAGAACUUUGCUGCAGUGAUAGCUAGGAAGAAUGUCAGACGGUCUGGCAACUGUGAUACAGAGAGUGAUAAUGAUGAUGAGGAAGUGUUUGCUUCAAAUUGCUCACAAUGCCAGACAAUAAUAGGCCUAGCAUCCCCCGCGUCCGUGCCAUCCCUAUCAGAAACCUGCCCUUUAGGUGUUCAAAUUAGUAAGUCUAGUGAAGAUUCUAGUAGUACUACAGCCCCACAAACUGAUGUUCAUGUUGAUGCUCAUAGUUUAACAGAAGAUUCUAGUCCCUCGUCUGAGGAAUCAAAAAUAGCAAGAACAAACUCACAAAAAAAUGCAAACUUAGAAGCAGAAACAAAUUCUCAAGAUGCUAAAUCAACAGAAGAUGGUGAUGACCACACAGAUAAAGAAAACGAAAAUGGUGAAGCAUCUGGAGAUAAAAUUAAUAAUAUUUUUAUAAACACUGAUGCUGCUAGACAGUUUUUGAGCAGGCAGCUCUCUUGGGUCUCAGCCGGUGAAGAUUAUUUAGUAGAGUACACAGAAAAACCCACUAGGAUAAUAAAAGAGAAUGUAUCAAACCUAACGAACUUUGUUUAUGAAGGAGUGAAAACUGUAGGUGACAAAGUGGCAACAUUAUCAAGACAUGUGAGUGGCAGCAGUGACAAUAAUGAUGCUGUGGAAUUACAACUGCGGAGUGAAAAUGAAGAAAUAAAUUCUCUUAUGUACAGCUGUACCUCAAACUGCAACUUGGAAGAUUUACAUUUCUCCACAAGCACAAUAAGCAGUGAGAAAGAGUUUGAAGCUGCAAGAAAAACAGAAAACCUCAAAAACAUGUCUAAACUUGGUAAGAAUAUUUUAGCCACAGAACUAUGGACUUGGGGUGACAUAUCAUAUGGACAACUAGGUGUAGGAGAUACAGUCAAAAGAAUAAAACCAAUGGUAGUCAUGAGCUUAUCUGGGUUUGGACUUCAGAAGGUCUCUUGUGGUAAAUGGCACUGUUCAGCUUUGACUCUAGAUGGCAGGCUCUUCAUGUGGGGCUACAACCAGUUCCAUCAAGUCAGUUUUGACAGCAGAGAAGAUAAAAGUGGGCCUAAACAGUUCACAGAGAAUUCUGACAGUGAUAGAGUAAGAGACAUGAUUGCCACUGAUCACCAUACACUGGCUUACACUCACAAUGAAAAUAUUUUUUACAUGGGAAAGCACACUGAAGGGUACACAGAUGCUAUUGUUAACUUGAAUAUGAAAAAAGAUCAAGAGGAAUCUGAAAACAAUACAGAUGAAGUCCAAAUAGCUGAAACCCUUAAUUUUGUAACUAAACCCCAAAACAUGUGCUACCAUUGGAGAAUAUUAUCAUCUGGCAACAUCAGCUAUUGCUCAAUAGAAGAGUCGUCCAAAUGUCCAGAGUUCCAAGAUCUGUCCAUUGCUCAAAGAUAUCUUGAGGAAAUGCUUUUGAUAUAUCAUAAUCUAGUUAAACCUUUCCUUAAGAAAAGUAAAGCUGUAACUACACAUUCCAAUAUUUACGAAACAGUUUGUGAUAUUUUUGGGGACAUAUUGAACAUAACUGCUCUGAAUGUUCUCUCGAUGUGGCAGUACGCCGAGAAGCAUAUAAACGAAUGUGAUAUUUCUUUAAAUAAAAAUUUAGAAGAGUUUAUUUAUUUGUACAGAAAGUAUUACGUAGCUGUAAGCAAUUUGAUAGUUAUCGGCGGCUUCGCUCAGAUUAACAGCGUCGUCGAUGUCCCGUCUAGUGUUUAUAGUUUGUUCAGCGAUCAGCUCCCGACUAACAAACAGAAGAAUAAUAAAAAGACUUUAGAAGCCAUAGUAUGCCUCGCCUUCAUACAACCUCUAACAAGAUUGAGCUCCUAUAAAUGCAUAGCUCAAUCGCUAUUGAGGUAUAAAACCAAAAGAAAAAAGGUCGACGCUAAAUCCAACAUAGAUGAGAGAUUAAACAAAGUAAUUGCUUCGCUGGACUCUUUGAUAGAUGAACAAGAAAAGAAGCGGAAGGAAGCCGAUGUCACAAAGUUAUUUUGGGAGACGAUAGGGAAGAGCCUUGAGCAGUACCGGACGCCUGAACGACGUCUUGUUAGGGAAUCGAAAUCUCGCCAACUUAAUUUAGUGAAUCCAGGGCGUUUUUCGUCGCACUGGUUUGUCCUUUUUAACGAUCUUUUCGUCCACGUCAGUGGGAGCACACCUAUUGUUCAUCCGUUAGAAACCUUAUGGGUAGAGCCGAUCCCAAACACUGACUCUCUGCAAAACGUCAUUCAACUCACCACGCCUGAAGAAACGAUCUCAGUAGCCACUACCACAGAGCAAGAGAAAACGGAGUGGACACAUUCUUUGAACACCUCAAUAAGGCUUGUUCUGAAUAAGGACAAUUUCAAACCGCCCGCUGUGAGGACGGCCACUCACACAUUUUCGAACAAGAAUGCUUUUUACAAAGACGCUAAGUACACUGGGAGAUGGUUGGAUGGGAAGAUCCAUGGUAGCGGGAAGGUGGAGUGGCCUGAUGGCAAGCUAUACGUGGGACAGUUUCAGCUGAACGCGUUAAGUGGACAUGGGAAGAUGGAAAUGCCAAGUGUAGGAAUCUACGAAGGCCAAUGGAAGGACAACCUUCAAAACGGUUACGGUGUCUUGAAAUACACGACGGGUGACAUUUAUGAGGGUUAUUUUAAGGAUGGCAACCCCCAUGGCCAUGGGAUCAAGAAGCAAGGAGACUUUACUUCGUCAUCAGCUACUAUUUACACGGGGGAAUGGGUCAAUGGGGUCAGACAAGGGUAUGGAGUAAUGGAUGAUAUUGGCAAAGGGGAGAAGUAUUUGGGUAAUUGGAGCGAUAAUAAGAAGCAUGGCUGCGGCUUGAUUGUGACCUUGGACGGGAUUUAUUAUGAAGGGCUGUUCAUGCAAGAUGUUUUGACGGGUCAUGGAGUAAUGGUAUUCGAAGACGGUACCCACUACGAGGGGGAGUUCCGAUCAGCUGGCGUGUUCUCAGGCAAGGGCAUCCUGACCUUCUCCAGCGGAGACAAGAUCGAAGGAUCCCUCAGCGGAGCGUGGACUGAAGGGGUCAAGAUCUCGAACGCUACCAUGCAUUUGAACGUAUCGAACCCAGUAUUGCCAACGAAUUCUAAACCUAACUCAUUCGGGAAAUUAAGCGUAGCCCCAAAUCAAAAAUGGAACGCCCUCUUUCGUCAAUGUUUCCAAUGCCUUGGUGUCUCAGAGUCCAUCCUUACGCCGACUGGCAACCAUUUUGCCAAUGGCCCAUCUGGCAAUACCAUAGACAACGUGAAGAUCUGGCAAAAUGUUGCCGUUGCCAUAUCGUGUUCGCACAAAGAGAGGAAUAAAAUGUCCAUGAGGAAGAGAAGUAAUGAAAUGGAUAAGUCUGUGGAUCGCUUAGAAGUUAUACCGCACUUCGGACAAAAGACGCUCAAUUUGGAAAAUUAUACGGAAGUGCAGCAGUAUUUGUAUAAUCUUGUCCCAUAUCCACAGGCCUGCGAGUCAACCCACCAUCCUUUAGGCCAACUCGUCCUAGGCCUGACCAAUGCCUUCAACACAACCUACGGAGGGGUUAGAGUUCACCCGUUACUCCUCAGCCAUGCUGUGAAGGAACUUAAGAGUAUUACUGCGAGGUUGUACCAGGUUGUAAGGCUGCUGUUCCCAGCGUUGCCUCCUGAGGGUACGGAUGCUGUACUGCCUUAUAAGAAAGGGGAGGAUGGCGUUGAAGUGGAUAGUAAUCCUAUUGAUGGGGAAGUGGUAUCAGCAGCAUCGCUCCUACAACCCACACUACUCCCGCGCGUCCACCCGGCGCUGUUCGUGUUAUACGCGCUACACAACAAGAGGGAAGACGAUUUAUACUGGCGACGGCUGUUGAAGUGGAAUAGACAACCGGAUUUGACGUUAAUGGCUUUCUUGGGGAUUGAUCAAAAAUUCUGGGUAGGCUACACAGGCCCCAACAACCAAAUGUCCCCGACUUCCCCCCUCAAAGAGCAGUUGUUCCAAGAAGCGGUGGAAACGUUACAGCAACUGAAGACAACCUUCUCGCCCAUUGAGAAGCUUCUGGUUAUCAGAAGUACCUUCCAGAAGAUGACUACGGCUGUGCAACAUGAACUGGGAUCAAACUAUCUCUGGAGUAUGGACGAGCUAUUCCCAGUAUUUCAUUUCGUAGUAGUUCGAGCCCGCAUCCUACAGUUGGGCUCAGAAAUACACUUCAUUGAAGACUUCCUAGAGCCGGCCAUGCAGCACGGAGAGUUGGGGCUCAUGUUCACCACGCUUAAGGCGUGCUACUUCCAAAUCCUUCAAGAGAAGAUGUCGAUCAACUAAAGCAAAUAUUUAUAAAGUAAAAGGUAACGAUUGAUCUCGCAAUACGUAAUGGUGCGUAUAUAUUAUAUACAGUUUAGUUGUAAUAAUGUAGCAUGCGCAAUAAUUUGCUUUGUAAGACCUCGCUAGGUGUUCUGUUUGCUUGUGGGUGUUUAAGGACGUAUUAAA